GCUUCUUCUCCUCUUCUAGGGGGGACUACUUAGGGUUAUCUAUUCAUCCGUCGCGUAAAUUGAAGGGUUCGUUUCCUUCGCUUCGACCAUGGAGACUUCUCUCAGAUAUGGGGCCGAUUCCAAAACCUUAAGAAUCCACGCCAAGCAAGCUUUCCCCAUUGACUCCAAUACCCACUUGCAGGUGCAUGGAGGGCUGGAUACUAAAUUCGGACGUCCAUGUUAUUUUAGUGCCUGGAUAAAACAUAUUUACCCUGAUUUAUCAGCAACCCUUGGUGUAGGAUUGCUGUACGAUAAAUAUGACAAGUUAUGGUACAGCGUGCGUGGAAAGAAAACAUUCCCUGUGACAGGUGAUGGAUUCCUGAGCUUUAAUAUUAAGGGACGAUCUGAUGUUGGUAAAGAGUUUAAAGAGAGGAAGUCCAAAGGAGCAGCUGAGUUUUCGUGGAGCAUAUUCAAUUUUCAGAAGGAUCAAGAUGUUAGACUCAGAGUUGGCUACGAGGUCCUUGAACAGGUUCCCUAUAUGCAGAUCAGGGAGAACAAUUGGGUUAUUAACGUCGACUAUAAAGGUAGAUGGAACGUGAGAUUUGAUUUGUGAGAAGGCCGGAGAGCAUUUUGGUGCAAAUAGGUGACUGUUGAAACCAUGGCCAAAAAAAGAAAACAGAGGUGACUGUUGGAAACUGGUAUUCUUUUCUCUUUUUUUUUUCUUUCCCCUUUAACCUUCUAAAUUCGAUGGCGGCUAGACAAAAAAAGGGGUCCGCCCCCACCACCAUCGUCAGUGCCGCUGUCGGAGCAAGGUGGUUGGUGCUGGUGGUUAGACUAUUACUGGAGCUUUGAUGCCUGGAACUAGACAAGUAUUUUAAGGUGGCUAAGAGAAGAUUUAGACUCAUAAUUCCUUGAUUCACCAUAACGUUGGUUACUAUUGAACUAUGUGAUUUAGCUAUAUAGAGCAAAAUUCCCAGCCAUAUCAUAAACACUUGUCGACACCCUACAGUGAAGUUGUCAAAAUAUUAGGAAUAGGAGUAUUCAAAUAACACUUUGGAUUUUUUUUUUUUUUAAUUUGAAUCACAACUUCUCAGUA